GCGGUCUAAGAGAUUUGCCAACAGGAUUUGCGAAUAUGACAGCUUUGAAAGACUUAGAUGUAUUUAUAGUUGGGAAAAACAAUGGUAUAGAUUCAUUGCCACCCUUGAAUAUUACUGGAUAUGUGGAUAUUGAAUUCAGCAAGUGGCGGAGUGAUGCUGUUGUGGAAGCACAGAGGGCAAAUUUGAAGGACAAUCAGCAUUUGGUACGUCUUAAAUUAAUGUUUGGAUCCAUGGAAGUUACUCCUGCAGAUUUCGGUGAAAUGGAUAGAAUGUUACUGUCCUUGCAACUGCCUCCAAAUCUUAAAAACAUUUCUGUUCAGCAGUACAAAGGAGUUGAGAUGCCACGUAGAUGGUUAGAUGGGUUAUCUAAGCUUGUUUUCAUCCGUAUUGAGUAUUGCAGUAAUUGCAGAGUUCUCCCUCACAUGAGUCAGCAGCCUCAUCUCAAAGAACUUUAUCUUUCUUCAUUUGAUAGCUUGGAGUAUGUAGAAGAUGAAGAUGAUGUUUCGGUUGGUGAUGGAAAGUGUGAUUCUGGAGCUCACAAUAAUGUCUACUACCCAUCCUUAGAAAACUUGCAAUUAUUGGGUUUGACGUCUCUAAAGGGGUGGACAAGACCAUCAAAGGGUGAUGAUGUUGGUGAGACAAGGCACUGGCUGUUUCCUCGUCUUUUGAAAAUGAACGUAGAUCACUUCUCCAAGUUGAUGUCAAUGCCUCUAGCGCCAAAGCUGGAGUCAUUAAGGGCUCAAGUAAUCAAUUGGAAGGUGUUUGAAUCCAAUCUGACAUCAGUUGAUGAUGAGGAAGCAUCUUCUUCUUCGACUAAUCUUUUUACUUCAUUAAAAGAGUUGGAUAUUUCUACGAUUGAAGAUGGACCUACUUCUCUGACAAUCAGUAAUAGGUUCUCUAAUCUACAGAGUAUACAUAUAGGCCAUUGCGGCGAACUGACAAGUUUGAUGAUAGAAUCUUCAAAUCCCAUUCGGUAUCUCCAUAUUAAUGGGUGCAAACACUUGAAAAACAUAUCAGUGGGAAAUAUCUCUGUCCUUGACACACUGAUAAUUGAGGGCGGCGGUAAUGACUUGGAAGAAGAGCUCUCUCAAAGCAUUGCUUGCUUAACCACGCUUCAGAAACUUGAAAUCAGUCGUUUCAACACAGUGAAACAACUCCCAGAAGAGAUGAGCAACCUCUCCUUGCUGCGUGAGUUGAAGAUUGUUGAUUGUCCAAAAAUGGUGUCACUUCCACUAUCAUUAUUUGGCCUUACCUCUUUACAGAAGCUUUGUAUAAGCAGCUGUCCAGAUCUGAAAGAAAGAUAUGAGAUGCCAAAUGGCCAAGAUUGCCACCUUCUCCAACAUAUUCCCAAUGUUAUAUUCUUUUAGGCGUUAUAGCCUAUUGUGAUAAGUGAGCACCAAAUGAAGUCCGCUUCUUCACUUUUCUGUUGGUUUAACGCGACUGAUGCCUACCAGAACAAUGAUUUUCUGAUGAACAAUUCCAUGCUGCUCUCUUCACAUAUACUGAUAACAACAGAAUUGUACGGUUGAAUAAUAGUCUCAAAUCAGAGGAACUAAGCCAUGCUAACCUCACAAAGGGAUAUUGAAGAUUUUGGGGUGCAUUAAGCAGCAAGUUAUUGAAGGGGGAAAAGGUAAAACAUAAUCAAGCAAGGGAGCAAGCUUUUACCUGACAUUGCAAGGAAUGAGAUUUCUUCCUUCAGAGAUGCUAUGUAGCAUGCUGUACUAAAAUGAAUAUGGUGACUGUUUCGUUGCUCCUUAGUGAUGCUAGGCCAUCUGCAUCAAUACAUCAUUGAUGCAACCGGUGAUACACCAAGAAUUGAGCCGAAUGCAAUUGCACAGGGGUGCAAUUUUUUGUUUCACGCCGUUUAAUUGUUUCCUGAGUUAACCACUUUGGUGCGUGUGGAGUAAAUCAAGGCCCUUGUUUUUAUGUUAAUAAUUUCAGUAGUAGACUUGGAUUGGCCUGAGGCUGAACAUAUGGUUUGUGGAGCUUUUCAACCCUUCCUAGAAGGUGGGAAAAGCUUACAUAAUGAUGCUAAUCACUGGCUAGUGUUGGGAUUGUUGUGCUGCGCUUGUGCUUAAAUCUGGUCAGCAUUUUGGGAACAUGGGGCAUUUAUUCAGAUGGCAUGAUCGUGUAUAUGAGGUCCAGCUUGUCAGGAAACAAAGCUGGACAGAAGCUCUGUUUUCUGGUGAUAUUUGUAACCUUUGUCCUCUCAAUCUGUUACAGUAUAGUUUAUAUCUUAUAUAUCAGCACUCAGUAGAUAGCAGAUAUCAAUUCCUGCUCGCUGUAAAUCUACCUCUUAUGUAAUAAUACUGGCUGUAUGUAUAACUAAUUGCUUUUGAGUAAUGUAGACUAACUUCAGUAGAAAAUUUACUGUCAG